AUGGCUGAACCUGCUUCUACUGGAACUACCCGUCGGACUGAGGUCCACGCUGAAGGUACCUGGUUUGGUACUAUGCAACGGUCCUUUGAGGAGGUCCCAAUCGACGCUGAGAAUGGCAUCUCUACCGUCGAGUUUCUCGAGGCCGCCCAGGCCCUGACAACCAUGUUCGACGCGCUGCAGUCGGUGGCUUUCAAGUUCGUUAAGGAUGAUUUGAUCAACAACAUCACCAAAAUCCAAAAGAGAUAUGAUGCUGCUCCUGCUGAGUCUCAGACUCUCCAGGCUCUUGUGUCGAAUGAAUUGAAGACCGGAAAGCACACCGCCUCAGAAGGCCUUCUUUGGCUGGUCCGUGGUCUCGAAUUCACCGUCAAGGCCCUUCGCCUCACACUCGAUAAACCUUCCGUCGAAAUCUCCAAGACUUUCAGCGAGGCUUACGCCGAGACUCUCCAGAAGGUUCACAACUGGAUCGCUGGUAAGGGUAUUGCUCAAGCUAUCAAAUCUGGGGCGCCCUAUCGGGAAGUCUUUUACGGCAAGCUGGGCGGGGACCCCGACGCGAUCAACGCGGCUAUGCGGAAGGAAGUUGUCGCGCUGGAGAAGGUAGUGGAAAUUCUACAGACCUUCCAGGCAGACAAGAAGAACCAGUGGUAG